UUCAACAACUAAUUCCCCUCUUUGGGGUCAAGCUGACGCACUUUCUUCACAAACUUUAUCCAGGAAAGACAGUCAGCACAAAGACCUCCAAAUUCGGAUUUAUACCUGAAUUUCCUGAACCCUUGUUAUUUGGAUCAAUAGGUCUAUCCAUUAUGCCCUCUUUCAUGUGAUAUAGUUUUGGACUUUCAUCUGAAUGUCCUUCUUUUAUCUUUUAUGUACCCUUAUUGUAACACAAAUUCAAUUUUGCUUACUGAUCUUGAUAGUGGGGGUGAGUCAAUCUCUAUCCAUGAAAAUCAUGGCGUCUUUGAAAUCCGGGGUUCUUGUAAGGUUACUUGAAGAUAUGAAAAUGGGUGGUAAUCCCUCAGAGGAUGAUCGAAAACCCAACUUGUUGCAAAUCAGAAGUAUAAUUCCUGUUCUUGAAGAAGGUGAUCAUCUUUGGCCUAACAGAGGAUUUUACCUUAAAGUUUCAGAUAUUUCACAUGCAAUGUACGUUUCUUUGCCUGAAGAGCAAAAUGAGAUGAUUCUUGCAAAUAAAUUGAGACUGGGGCAAUUCAUAUAUGUGCAGAAAUUGGAGGAUGCUCACCCUUUCCCAUUACUCAGAGGCGUAACGCCUCUCCCCGGUAGGCGUCCAUGUGUUGGAACCCCUCAAGAUAUUGUUUCUGUUUCAAAUUUUAUGAAGGUUCUUGAGGCAUUUGAUUCUGAUUGCAUUGUUGAAAAGGGUGUCAUUUCUGAGAACAGGAUUAUUCCAUCCAAUUCAAGAAAGUUAUCUCGCGGAUUAUCCGAUCCUGAGGGGUUGAAAAAGAAAAAUGAUGAUUUGGAGGGAAAAUCGUCUAAAGGCAAGUUUCCAUCUUUGAGUGCUUCAAAACUCCGUCCAGGCGAGAAGGUGAUGGCCCUGGAUUGCACUCCUAAAAGAUCCGACAUUGAGAGGAGAAACUCUCAUCUUUUUCGGGAACUACAAAAGACUAGGAAAAGGUCUUUUGAUAUUGAUAGUGAUACAGAAAGCAUAUUGUCAUCAAUCUCAUUUUCGUCUCAUAACUCCAAGAGAAAAAGUUGGAACGAGUCAGAGAUUUUGGGAAUUAAAGAAAUCUUUGAUUCUUCAGUUGUUAAACACGAUAUCAGACCGCCUCGUAGUCGUAGUGCAACUGUUUCACCAGUUCGUUCUGUAAGGUAUGAUAGCUCGGAUGAAAAUUCAAGUUCAAUACCAAGAAGAAGAGAAGUUGGUUCUGCAAAGAAAAUGAAGAGUUCCACUAAGAGCAAAACUUGUUUCUCCAAGAUAAAUUCAAGUUUAGCCAAUGACAGACGAGGGGCAGAAACUGGUAUAUCAUGGGACUCACUCCCCUCGAGCUUGGUGAAGCUUGGAAAGGAGGCUGUAAAGCAAAGAGACAUUGCUCUUGUUGCAGCUACUGAUGCUUUGCAAGAAGCUUGUGCGGCUGAGAGGUUGCUAAAUUCCUUAAGCAAAUUUUCAGAGUUCCAUUUAGCUGAAGAAGAUGAUCUCCAGCCUCAUGUUGAUAAAUUUUUUGAUCUUCAAGAUGACAUGGCUCAGACAAGAUUGGUAUUGCAGUCACUGACAAACAUAAGUCCACUUAGAACUUCAGGAGAAGCUGACACCAAUUCAGUUAAGGAAGCAUUGACUAUUGCAGUUGAGAGAAAGAGAAAUGCAUCCACGUGGAUAAAAUCUGCUGUGGCUCUUGAUCUUACACCAUGCUCCACUGCCCUCAAUCCAAUCCUUAAUAACACUAUGGCUGUCACCAAUACGUCGAAGAAGACAAGCACAUCAAGUCGAAUAAGUACCAAACCGAAAGGGUCAUAUAUCAUUAAAUCGAAUAGGAACAGUACCGAUGAGAUUCCUUUCUUACUGUCAUCUGAAAAAGAUGAGCAACCUGAUCAAUGGACUAGGGGAAGCACAACACCUGCAGCCACUGUCCUAGCUUCAUCGUUGCAGGACGAGUGUAGAAAAUUGUUUUUGGGAUAUGUAGAGAAAUACCUAGAUGAGGUUGAAAGAAAAGCCUCUUCAAUGGUAUUAGAUAGCCAAAUAGCAGGAAUGAUGUACAAGGUGAAGAGAGUCAACGAUUGGUUAGAUGUGAUAAUCAAUAAGGAGGCGAAUGCUCAAAAGGAUGGGGGCAACUUGGAUGAUUCAGAAAUUGAAGUUUGUCAAAGGGUGAGAAACAAAAUAUAUGGGAUCUUACUGAAGCAUGUUGAGAGAACUGCUAUGGCUUUUGGAAGUUGUAAUUCCACUUAAAUUGCCUAGUAAUGAUAUCAAUCAGACCUGAUGACGGUAUAUUGACAUUCAGAUAUAAAUGCAAAGUGCUUGGUAAAUAUAAAAAAUGAGGGUGAAAAUAUACAAUGUCGUCUGAAAUAUACAAUUCCAAGUAAAUGUGCAAGACUGAAUUCUCCAAGAUUAUUUGCACUUCACGCUUAACUUUGCCUGAUCUGAAGUAUAUUUUA